UUUUUUGGCAUCAAAUUUUUCUAACACACAAAACAUAAACUCUCUCUAUUUAUAACACAACUCUUCGCUUUCUCUGACCACAUUAUUAUUAUUCCCACUCCUUUCACCGGAAAACGAGUUACGACUUACGAGUCAGCUCAACGAGUUACCAAGAAUCAAAAGAAAUACAUAAUAUGGGUAUAUGCAGUUCGACCGAGUCGACUCAAGUGGCGACGGCGAAGCUGAUCUUGCAAGACGGGAGGAUGAUGGAGUUCACGAAACCCGUGAAAGUCGGAUACGUUUUGCUUAAGAACCCCAUGUGUUUUAUCUGUAACUCGGACGAUAUGGAGUUCGACGAGGCCCUCUCCGCUAUUAGCGCCGACGAAGAGCUUCAGCUAGGGCAGAUAUACUUCGCUCUUCCUCUUCGCUAUCUUCGUCAGCCACUUCAAGCGGAGGAGAUGGCUGCAUUGGCCUCUAAAGCUAACUCUGCGCUCAUGCGAAGUGGUGGUGGCGGUGGUGGAGGAAGCUGUCGCCGGAGACGUGUGGAUCCUAUUGUUGCGGGUGAUAAAUAUCGCGUUAGAGUUGCCUCCUGUGAUGAUACGGUGGGUUCAGGCUUCGGAAGGAGGAAGGGGAGAAACGCUGACGGUGGUGGUGGUGGUGGUGGUGGUAGCACUAGUAGUCGCCGGAGGAGAGAAUGUUACGCGGCGGAGUUGAGUGUUAUAGAAGAGUGAAUGGUGGUUCUGGAAUUUGUUGAUAGUUGUAAUUAUGCUGAGGGUAGUUUAGCCAUUUAAGAAAAAAACAAUAUGCAAAUUUAGCAAUUUAGGAAAGUUAUCUUAUGGAAUUUUAGUAGCAUCUCCCAUUGAUUUGUGACAUUUGUCGAAUUAAGCUCUGUUCCUACACUUUUCCUUUUUCUCAUGAAGACUAAAAUCUCUAUGGUGGAUUUUUUUUGGUUGAUC